AAGCCGAGCCUGGCAGUGCCAGGUAUAAAGAUGGCCGCCCUCAAGGGUAAGCUGGUGGCAGGCCUUUUCGCUCGCCUCCACUGGAGAUCUCCGACGGUCAGAUGGUCCUCGGACCAGGCAAUUCCCCAACCUUUGUGGAAGUUGGGGCGGCUUAACCACGUGGCCAUCGCUGUGCCUGACCUGGAAAAAGCCACCGCCCUGUACAGGGAUGUGUUACAAGCCCGAGUGAGUGAGGUCCUCCCCCUGCCCGACCACGGGGUCUACACGGUCUUCGUGGAGCUGGGGAACACGAAACUGGAGCUUCUGCACCCCCUGGGAGAAAAGAGCCCCAUUACGGGUUUCCUGCAGAAAAACAAGGCCGGCGGAAUCCAUCACAUCUGCCUGGAGGUGGACGAUAUCACCAGCGCCAUCGAAGAGCUGAAGAGGAAAAAGAUCCGUGUUCUGAGUGACAAACCCCAAAUCGGUGCUCAUGGAAAGCCGGUGGUUUUCCUGCACCCCAAAGACUGCGACGGGGUGCUGGUAGAACUUGAACAAGCCUAGAAGGAGGCUGCAUCCGUCACACGUGGCAGGAGCUCCCUCAGCCAAGGAGAGACUUGGCACCUCUCUCCUCUCUGUGGCCUACAUCUGAGGUGCCCCGUUGAGGUGGUGGGGCUCCCAAAAACUUCAGGGCCCCUAUUUUGAAGGGGCAGGAACAGGAUUGGCAGUGGAAGUUUCCGCUGAGAGAUGCUGUUCAUCAGCGGGCAGCUUUCGGGGAAUAUGCACCCCAAUAAACAGUCUCACCAGAAAUAUGGAAAUAAUAUGGAAGCAGAACUUGACAUCGAGAAUCACAAAUGCGCAAUUAAAAACCAAGGAGAAAAGGAUGGGUGUGUUUUUGAGUGCUUGAGCCAGCUUACCA